UCCACUCACACCAUUACAAUAAAACAGUUAGAAUAAACAAUAUAUAUCAUCGGAUAUAACAAUAUCAAAGCAUCAUUCGUCUAAUACUUUUGUAAGUGCCCAAAAGUUUUCAUCUUCAUUGAUGGCUCCUGUGUUUGGCUUGAUCAAAGACCUGGAAGUAGGAAAGAGUAAAUUUACAUUGCAGUUGCGAUUGGUUCGAAGCUACGAAGUUCCUCAAUUUCACAAUAUCAACGAAAUUGGCACACUUGAAUGUGUUUUUCAUGAUAAAGAGGGAAGUCGAAUCCAUGCAACCAUUCAAAACUUGCAAAUUGAGAAUUUCAAGAAUCUCCUCCACGAAGGGAAUGUUUAUGCAGUCAUGAAAUAUAUUGUAGGAAACAACAACAUGAGGACGAAAACAACAACAAAUCGCUUGAAGAUUCUGAUUUACAAGGACACGAGAAUUGCAGAACUUGUAGAUGAUGGAUUCCCUACUCAUGUGUUGAACUUGAAAAGUUUUGAGGAGAUAGAAUCAAUGAAAACAACACCUGAUUUCCAAGAUGCUCCGCUAUUUGAUGUAAUGGGAAUCAUCAUAUCAUGCUACAAGCCAGUGGAAAAAGUGAUUAAUGGGAAGCCGACGAAAUUGAUGGAUAUCAUGAUUGAAGAUCUGGAGUACAUAAAUUAUUAUUAUUUUUUAGUUGCAUUAUAUUUCUUAUCAUUAUUAACAUCAAUUUUUUUUAUUUAGGCAAAUGGUAUUAACAUGCACACUAUGGGAAAAAUAUGCUGAAGUGGUGAAUGAUUUUAUUCGCACUGAACCAAAGGAACCAGUAGGAAUUGCAAUUCAAUUCUGCAAAGCAAAUAUUUUCAGAGGUAAAGGAUUAUUUUUUAUUUAUUAUUUAAUUAAUUAUUAUAUACUAAUUACUAAUUCUAACACAAUUAAAUUUUCAACAGGUGAAGUUAGAAUUGCAAAUUCCUACCAUGCAACAAAAAUUAGAUUUGCUGACACAAUUGCAGAAAUCACAGAAAUGCAGGAGAAGUAAUUUAUUUUCUACUUAAAAUUUAGAUAUAUUUAUAUAACAAAACACUAAUAUUUUUUUAUAGGUAUCUGCAGAUCAACAAGGACCAUAUCACUGUAUUCAAACUUAUCCCUGUACCAACCAUACAGAGCAUUGAUGAUGAAAUUAAAGAUGGAGAAUCUUCAUUCAAAACAAUUUAAAAAUUGUCUCCAAAUGAGGUACAUAUUAUUGUUGAUUAUAAAUAUAAUUAAAUAAAUACUAUAUAUUAUUAUAUAUACUAAACUCUAUUUCAUUCCACUACAGGAUGGAAAAUUCUGGAUUUAUGGAACUAUUUUCUCAGUCAAAACUCUCCAUGCAUGGACGUACUUGGCAUGCAGAAUUUGUUUGAAAAAAUUGAAGAAAGAUGAUGAUAAAUUCUAUUGUGAGUUUUGCAAAACUUAUGAAACCAAUGGCAGACCGAGGUAAUUAUAUUUUAGUUCUAUUUUAUUAUUUGAUAUUACAUAUUUCAUAUUUAUAAAAAAAAAUACAUGUAUAGGCUAAGGGUUGAGAUAGCUGAUGACUCUGGAGUUGCAUCUUUUAUUUUAUGGGAUAGAGAAUGUAUGCAACUAAUCGGAAAGACAGCAGGAGAAUUAAGUGUUGUAAGUAUUAUGAUAUUAGACAUUACAAACAUAUACUUAUUAUUUAACUAACUUCUUUUAUAUUUAAAAUGCCAUAGGAAUUUGGAAGCAGUGACAUGCCAUUCGAUGCAAGUGCUAUUAAUGGUAAAACAGCUCUGUUCAAGAUUAAUGCAAGGGUUGAUGAAAUAGAGAUGAACAAUGGUGCCUACAUGGUGAUGAAAGUGAACAUGGACCCUGAAAUGAUGGCCAAGUACAGCAAAGAAUCCAAUCAUUCAAUUACUGAAGAAUCAUGUGUCACAAACUCCAAAUCAAGCGCAAAUGCAAAUACAAUCGAAACGGUGGAUUUGAGUGAUGAUGAGCAAAUCAACAAAAGGAAAUCAAAAGAAAUCACACCAACAGUCAUGAAAAAAAGCAAGAGGGUUGUGAUCAAAAAAGAGAAAAAUUAACUAUUAUGUUUGAAGAAUUACAAUUUCAGUAGUUAGUUUAUAGGAUUUCUCAUUCCAUCGUUUGUUUCUAGGAUUUCCCAUUUCAGCAUUUGUUUCUAGGAU